CGAUCGUACGUGGUCUGCGACGUGGCCUACGACAGCGUCAACAACUGGCUAUGGACGCCGUUCAUCGAGCGGGGCCCCGCGCACCGCAUCUACGUCGAGGUCAAGUUCAGCAUGCGCGACUGCAACCUGUUCCCCGGCAUGGCGCUCUCGUGCAAGGAGACCUUCUCGCUGCUCUACUACGAGUUCGACGCCGCCACGCGGGAACCGCCGCCCUGGGAACCGGAGUCGUACAAGCCCGUGGACCGGAUCGCGGCUGACGAAGGGCGCUUCACUUCCAACGCCGAAGUCAUCAUCAACACCGAGGUCCGCUCGGUGCCGGUCACCAAAAAGGGCGUCUACUUCGCCUUCCGCGACCAGGGCGCCUGCCUGUCCCUCAUCGCUGUCAAGGUGUACUACAUGGUGUGCCCUAACGUGACUACGUCGCUGGCGCACUUCCCGGAGACGCCGACGGCCAGCGAGGUGACGGCCAUAGUGACGGCUGAGGGCCAGUGCGUCGCCAACGCCCGCGUGGCCGGCUCGCCGCCGCGCAUGCUCUGCAAGGGCGACGGCAACUGGACGCUGCCGUCGGGCGGAUGCGCCUGCAUACCGGGCUACCGGGCUGUCGGAAACUCCUGCCAGAUGUGUCCGCCUGGCACGUUCAAGCCGAGCUCUGGUGAUGGUCCCUGCCUGCGCUGCCCUUCAUUCAGCGUUGCCCCACAGCCGGGCUCCACGGAAUGUCGCUGCAAAGAGCGCUACUUUAGAUCCCCCACUGAUCCCAAGACUAUGCCUUGCACGCAACCUCCUCGAGCACCUCAAAACCUGAGUGCAAGUUGUGUGGACCAGUCAUCGGUCACACUGACAUGGCAUCCACCAGCCAACCUUGGUGGCCGUGAGGACACAACAUACCGUGUCGUUUGUGAGACUUGCAGUCCUAGCGUCGUGUUCUCACCAGCGAGGCAGGGCUUCAAUGAGACCAGUGUCACCAUCACAGGACUGCGUCCAGUCACUCCCUAUCGCUUCCAAAUUUACGCUGAAAAUGGUGUCUCUGGGUUUGACAAGGGCCACUAUGCCGAGAUCACAGUCAAGACUGAUGCAUCAGUUCAAACAGUGAUCUCCAAUGUUCGUGCUAAGGCCAUCAAGAGCACUGAAGUUUUAUUGGCAUGGGAUGCACCACAAGACCCGUUCCCCGAAAUUGAUCGCUACGAAGUGCGCUACUUCCCGCGAAAGUGGGCCAAGAACGAGACAGUGUUGCAGUCGCACAAGUUACAGCUUGCAGUCACCGGGUUGCGGUCUAGAACUGAAUAUGGCUUCCAAGUGCGUGUCAAGACGACGCGGGGCUUUGGAGAGUACAGCGACACUGUUUUCCUCACCACUGGCCAGUACACUCACAGCCCAGCUCUGGUGGGUGACGAGGACAAGGUCCAGGUCAGGAUCAUCGCUGGAGCCACGGUUGCAGUCAUACUUCUAGUCGUCAUAGUGAUUGUUAUGAUCAUCCUUUACAUCAAAAGUUCUGACGACUGCAACAAGAAACAGCCCAGUGACUGCGACACUCUGGAAUACCGUAACGGGGAAGGUAAGAAAUUAGUCCCUGCUUUGGAACACCCUCCAAUUGUUCAGACUGCUCGGUUGACAACACCUCUGUUCACCCACUGCCCCGGAGCCACUUCAAGGGCAUACAUCGACCCCCAUACAUACGAGGAUCCCAAUCAAGCGGUCCGCGAGUUCACUAAAGAAAUUGAUGCUCUGCACAUCACAAUUGAAGCCAUCAUCGGCGGGGGAGAAUUUGGGGACGUGUGCCGUGGGAAGCUCAAGUGCCCUGGCCGGCCGGAGGUCACAGUUGCCAUCAAGACACUCAAGCCAGGCUCCUCAGACAAGGCACGAAUGGACUUCUUGACUGAGGCUAGCAUCAUGGGGCAAUUCGACCACCCGAACGUCAUCUUCCUCCAGGGUGUUGUCACCAAGAGCAACCCCAUUAUGAUCAUCACUGAGUACAUGGAGAAUGGGUCCCUGGACACCUUCCUCAGAGCCAAUGAUGGGAAAUUCCAAACAAUUCAACUUGUAGGCAUGCUGAGGGGCAUUGCAGCAGGAAUGCAGUAUCUUGCUGAAAUGAACUACGUUCACAGGGACUUGGCUGCGAGGAACGUGCUUGUUAACGCCAAUCUUGUGUGCAAGAUCGCUGACUUUGGCCUGUCCCGUGAGAUAGAGAGUGCCACUGAGGGAGCAUACACAACAAGGGGAGGCAAGAUACCUGUACGAUGGACAGCACCCGAGGCCAUAGCAUUCCGCAAGUUCACGUCAGCGAGCGAUGUCUGGAGCUUUGGCAUUGUCUGCUGGGAGGUGAUGUCGUACGGCGAGCGGCCGUACUGGAACUGGUCAAACCAGGAAGUAAUCAAGAGCAUCGAGCGGGGAUACAGGCUUCCUGCCCCCAUGGACUGUUCGGAAGCUGUCCACCAGUUAAUGUUGGACUGUUGGCAGAAGGACCGGUCACAUAGGCCUCAGUUCAGCACCAUUGUGAAAACACUAGACAAGCUCAUACGCUGCCCUGAGAGUCUACGAAAAAUUGCUCAGAACAGGCACCAGAACCCGCUGGAUCCUAACGCUCCCGAUAUGACACAAUUCAAGACAGUCGAGGAGUGGCUGUGCAGCAUCAAAAUGGCACGCUACCACGAAAGCUUCCAGAGGGGUGGCUUUACCACAAUGGAGGCUGUGUCGCGGCUUACGCUCAAGGACUUGGCCGCGCUUGGUGUUGUGCUUGUGGGGCAUCAGAAGAAGAUCAUGAACAGUGUGCAGACCUUGAGGGCGCAGAUAAACGCCACCAUGUCUGAUGGGUGCGUCGUCUAGGCACACGGGACUGCUCGUUGACUUGAUCUCGUGGCAUCUGCUUCCUUAACUUAAACAGACCUGAACAUGGUGCCGGAAAAUGGGAAAGCAGCAACAGCAGUGGCGACCCAAUGAAUCUUCUCGCCACGCGAGAAAGGCUUCCACGCUUGCUAGUUCAUUCCAGAGACAUACAAAAACUAGCAGGUUCCAUGGAUGGAAACUCGAUUUUCUAAACUGUAACCAUAAUUCUCCGGGUUGUCAUUAUUCUUGCCACCGCUUUCUUGUUUCCUGCGCCACUCCAGGUUUGUUAAAAAGUAGGCAAACGGUUUCCCAGACAGCAGAAAUGGACAAAGUGGGGCCGUUUAUUCUGACUGCGCCUGAUCUAGUUGGCAAAGGUUUACCUGCUCUGAGGGCUGCAAGAGGUCCUGAUCUAAUGUGCAUCUUGGCAGAGAGACAUGGUUGUGUCUGCUCAGCUACUUAAUCGCACAUUUUAAGCUCUAAGAAUUUUAAGCUUGAAAUUCCCUCGCCAAUCUAUAAGCACUUCUGUAAGCUUCUGGUUUGAUUGGGAAACUCUUGCUGCAGUUGUUGUGGGCAAAGCAGGGCCAACUGCAUCAGGUCUAGACGAACUGAGGAUUAUGAUGCCCCCCUGGUAUGAUGCAAGUGCGUGCUGAGCCUUGUGUGAACGGACAAAUCAUCGAGGCAUGCAGCGCAGUGUGGUGGCGGCAGACUCUACUCGCUAUGCAACGUGUCGCAACGAGCGUGCAUCUACAAUGCUGCGGUUGACUGCCACAUCUUGUUUUGGAGACUGCGGAAGUGAUGGAGACAGUUGAAGCCAAGGCAUGUGUGUGUGUGUGUGUGCGUGCCUGUGCGUGCUUGUGUGUACAUAGCUGGAACUAUUAUAACAUAUCAGCGCGAGAGAUGAAUGGAACAUUGAGACAAGGACUCAUCUCACGUGCUCCUCCCCGACAAGCCUGCAUAUCAUGCCAACCUUCUUUGCCCCCCCGUGUGCUCGCAUCGUUCCGUGUUUGUCGGCAGUGGGGGAAAUUCCUAGAGGUUGUUUUCUUCCCUUCAUAUCAACUGCCUUUCUGCAGCCCUGCUGAGUUGGCAUUUGUUAAAUUGUGUCAUUGUAGGCACUGCUUAUCAUGUAUGCUGAAUUCUUUUCUUGAGUUGAGCAUGUGCAUGUUACUACAGUUUACUGCAGCGAAGUACUCUGUUUCGGUGGGAAAACACCCAAUCGAAACUUUGGAAGAUUCUCUUUCAAUUCAAUUUUUUAGUGGAGAAAAUUUUAUUUCAUGCAAACCAUCUUGGUUUUAUUCUAGCUGGUCAUACUUUUUUAACACAAGCAACCUACUUAUAUCGCCACUUAAUCUCAGCUGAUAAUUUCGUUGUCAUCAUUCACAUGACAAAGAAUGUUCAUUACCUGUUGCUUUUCCAAAUAUUUUUAUGGAUGCACUUUUUUUAAUGACAGUAGUUUAUUGACAGCCCUGCUGGAGCUGUGAGAUGGACACUUUUUUUUCCACUCUUUUGACUCCCUUCCGCUAGGUGUGCCAUCAUUACUCAAUAGGUGCUUCAUGCUAUAUGCAAAGACAUGUUUCCUGGGCUGUCAGUCAUUGCGUGUGUUCUUGCCCGUUGACAAUGCCACAACGACGUCUCUAGGCUUUCAGUCGUUCUUGUUUUUCCUGUGAACAUGUAUACUUCCCUGUUGGGUCUAUUGUAUGCCAUUGCUCAACGAACCAAUGCUGCCAUGUUAGAAAGACUGAGUGAACUGGACAGCAUACUGGCUGCUGAAAAUGGAAUGUUAGCAACUCUUUACUCUUCCUUUUUUUUUAGAGAUGGUUUCAUACUCAGAACAUGUUGUGCACCAGAAAGCCACAAAAUCAUUCUAGCAAGCCAUGACAAGCCAUGAAAUAUUUCUAGCUUAUGGUUUACAUGCUGCAUUCCAUUUCGCGUUUUCUAUCCGCCUAUGUUGCAUGACACAUGACCAAAUCAAACCACAGUGGUUCUUUAGGUGGCUGAUUAUAGUCUGUCAACUUAUGCAUACUAUGACAGAUCAGUUAAUUGGUAAUGUCAAGGUGUCGCAGUUGAGGUGUCUGCUUUUUGUUGUCAGUCUAGAAAACAAGCAAAAGCAGCCACAUGUGCAAAAAGUUUCAGCAAUCCCGAGUUUUCGUAUGAAUGGCCCCUGGAAGCUCAAUGUAUAAAGGCUUGGAAGUGACCGAUAUUGUGAGUAGGUGCAUAAGCUUUGCAGCUGUCAUAGAAAGAUCUAAAGCUGCAUUUUCUGAAGCCUGUAAAUGUGUUGUCAUGUAGGACAACAUGGGAGUCUGCAACACGGUAGACGAGAGGAAAGAAAUUGAACUAAGCUUGCUCUGGGCGCAGUUUUUCAUUCCACUGCCUAACGCUAGUGCAGCAUGUGUCACACUCAAAGUUCUUUUUCAACCAAAAUGAAAAUGGAAAAGGUUUUAGUACCUUCUUUUCACAAAAUUCGUUAGUAUGAUGCAUUUUGUAAACAUCUGUGCAAAUCAGGAAAAGGAAAUAGUUUGAAGGCUAACAUAUUUAUCUUUUUCUGUAUUCAGUGCCAGAAUACUAAUCAGCCGUAGCCUGUAAGUGUGACAUGUUGUGCACGUUGUAAGACUAGCAUACUCGUGAUGCCUUAAUUGUUUACAAUUCGCAGUGCCAUUUACAGAUGUCUCCUUUUCCUGUCAUUCUAAAGGAACAGUUUAGGUCAAAUACGGAUUAUACAGAUGACUGCACAGAGCUUGCACAUAUGACAUUUGUUAAUUAUUCACUGGUUCACAGGGUGGUAAUUGAUUGCUUACUAAGCAAAGCUUUCUGAAUGCGCACUAUUAUUAGACCACACUACUAAUGGCAGCAAGCGUGCCAUUCUGGAAUUUCUUAUAGUACUACUUCAGUUAAAUUUUUCAAGCUGUCAGUUCCAUUUUUAUUUUACUUGAUUCCAAAAUUUAGUUCUUCGUAGGUUCUUACAUGAUUGUAAGCUUUUUAUAGAGACGAGCAACAAGCAGCAAUAAGGUAGCCUGUUUCAAUCACAAAAUGAUGCGAGGGCUCCACAAUUGCUAUCUGUCUGCUAUAGCCCAACAAAACGAGAUGCAUGGAAGUGGGGAGGUUGUUGACGUUUAUUUAUUUUGCACUUAGCAACUGCCUAGCUAUCCUUUCCUCAUUAUCUUUUCUUGUUUGUCCCGAAGAUUAACCUGAGCGUUCAAAGAAAGAAAUUUGAAAAUGUCUUGGAAUGCUAUGAGUUGGAAGUUAUUUAUUUCGAGCUUAGGACAGCAAAUGCUUGCUGUUAGUGUCAGAGAGUUGUUGUAAUAUAAAUACAAAAAUGAAAAAAGAGAAGCUUGUGAGAGAGAUACAGAGAGAGGCAGACAGUGAGGAAAUGUGUUUCAAGAGGAAUACUCUUCUGUAUUAUAAUAAGUCCUCAUCGUCGUCUGUCCAAUGACAAAGCACGUUGGCUAAAGUGUGUAUCUGUAAAUGUUUUUUUUUUUUUACGUGUUAUUGUUUUCUCUGUGUCUGUGGCUGUUAUAGUCAAACUUUCUGCGUGACACAUUGAUGAUGGAGUGUAUACUUAGGGCGGUUUCCAUUGUGAAUUUUUGUUUCAGCGUCGUGUACCAUGCAUUUUUUUUUCCCUCAUGGGUGUUGUUCGUUUUUACGUGAGCACAUUCUUUAUUUAAAUUUUUUUAAAGGAUUUGUGCAUCGUGAAAUGAAAGAAAGAAAAGCGUGCAACGAGGUCGCCCAGCCUAUGCAGCAUUGUGCGGUCGUGAGCACGCCUAGUCACACACUUUUGUUCGCAUACUGCCCUGCUGCGACGUACUGGCGCUUGUGAUUGUCUUUUACUGCCACCAUGAAAUGAAUUGUGAGGGAGGCAGCUCGUCUUCGCUGUUAUAGGCUCUUCGUUUUUAAUUUUUGUUUUGCGUUUCAGUUUCUCUAGGCAUGAAUACGAAUUUCGUGUGUCACCGAGCGCAUCUCAGUUUUUUUUUUCCCUCUCGAUCCAUGGAUGUGCUUCUUUCUUUUCUUUUUUUUCACACUCCCUUGGUUGUUGCGCGAAAGAAUCGUGCCCCUUCCAGUCUUUUGCGUCACAAUUAAGUUAUGAAAAUGUCGGCGCGCAGGUCGUGUGUGUUACACGAAAUUGCACAAAGGUAGUGUGCGGCGAUCCUUUGGACAUACGUCUCAUGUAAACACACACACACACAAAAAAAGACACCUAUGCUCCCGGUCUGUACAUUUUGAUGCAUAUACGAAUAUAAUUGCGCCCCAUGGGACACACUAUGAAAUUCUUUCAUUAAUAAAAUUAAUUUUUAUGCUAA